AUGCUCGACGGUCCAAAUGGCAUCAGUAACAAUGGAAAAUCCCAGGCGAACAGCAGCAGCGAGAUGGAAACGAGGAUGGAAAGCGGGAUAGAUGGAUAUAUCAUCGUCAAUAGCGUAUCCCAUGCGCGUUAUUUGCCCAAACCAUCGACACAUUCGUUCAACUAUCCAACCAUUUCCAUCUUUGUUGACGUGUGCUCUCUUUACACUCCACCACCACCCUCUUCGGUCAAAGACAAGAGUACGAAUAUAUCAAAUGGGAACGCGAACGGAGAGCAUCCAACAGCAAGGCGGUCAAUAGGACUCGGUGGUCUCGUCUUCGGCACCGGGUCAAGCUCAAAGAGGCGGUUGAUGAACCUGCGCCCGUCUGCGUAUCUAUUUGAUGAUGGUGACCAGACUACGACACUCGUGGAGCGAUUCCAAGCGUUUAUGAAUCCCGCUGCUCGUCGAGGUGACAACACAGGAGCAGGCAAGAUGGUUAGAGAUGGCGAUACUCUCACGGAUCCAGUAGCAGAGCUGCGAGACGUGUGGCUGCUCACCUCUCCGAGCUACUGUGGUAUCGAAGGAAUCAAUCCGCUAAGCGUUUGGUUCGCUUACGAUCGAAAAAAGGCGCUGCGUGUCGUUCUCCUUGAAGUGCAUAAUACGUUUGGAGAGCGCCAUGUGUACGUUCUUCGAGCCGGGCAAGACGAAGAUGAAGAUAAGCCGUCCAAAGCGGAUCAUCGAUGGACAAUACCACGCCAAUUUCACGUAUCCCCGUUCAACAAUCGAGCAGGAUACUACACAUGCACACUCUGGAAUACCACACACCCCCAUCUUUCUCCCGAUUCUCCUCGCCCUGUUGUCAGGAUUGAUCUCCUUACACCAAGCCGUAAACUCAAACUCACAGCGACGACGCGUGCAGUCUCGUCUGACCAUCUAUCCUCGCCUUCCAUCCUCCGUACUGUCCUCCGAUACCCAUUCACACUCUUCCUCACAAUGCUAAGAAUUACGUAUCAGGCGGGGAUUUUACAUUACUCCAAACGCUUAGAUGUCUACCCGCGGCCAGAGCCACGACCCGCCAAAGCGGAUGUAGAGGAGAUGAAAUGGAGUAGGAAUCCAGUUCAAGUUGAGGGAGAUGUUGGAAUCGACAGGAAACUAGAGAGUGGACCUGUCGGAUGGCAACCGAUUGGGUGGAUCGAUCAACGCGCAAAGGAGCGCGUGUAUACCUUUCUAUCUCAAAGGGCGACGGAGUUGGGGGUCGUUAUCCUCCUGCGACCAGCCAAUUCGCACGAACAGCCACUCGACUUUCGACCUGCCUUGAAAGAAAGAUCGAUACACGCCAACGCUCAAACGCUCACUAUACGAUACCUGACUCCUCUCUUCUUUACUCACCUUCUCGUCCUCCCUUCUGCGACUCACGCACUCUUUUGUCGUCACGAACAGAGAAGAUAUUCUGGACUUCAAACGACGAUCUGUUUUUGCAGGUUUUCGAGCCGUCUCCGAGGACGAAGAAGUCUUUUUCUCAGAGAUUGCGGAUAUGGUAUCUGCCUGACGUGGCUAGGAGGAUUCCAGCACCUCCAGUCCACUCGACCGACUCUCAGCGAGGGAUGA